GUUAAACCCAAUUUAACAACAAAUUGAGAAAUUGGCACUUAAACAUACAUGUAAAAAAAUUUCUGCGUAAUGUAACAUUCUAUUUAAAUUAAUUAAUAAUACCUCAAUUUUCGAUUUAAUCGAUGUGGAAAAAUGGUGGCGGAGCUUUCGGAGCAGCCCACUUCAUCGUUGCCGCUAGUUAAUCAAGUAAACGUCUCCAAGGUUCAAGCAAGCGAAGAAACACCAGGCCCAUACCAAGGCGCAAGUUGCUUUAUUGCAUCCACCUCGGACUCGAGUGUCAGCGAGUCACGGCGUUGGGCUGACUCUGUGUCGCGGAUAGUCGAUCGGACAGGCGAACUGGGCCAAUACGUGAAGCAGAUUAUCGCCUAUCUGGCGGCCAAAUUCCGCGAGUUCUUUAAUCCGGCAGGAUAUUUCGUAUACGAAGAGCCGCCCCUGUCGCCGGAAAGUAGGAACCAGUUGGAAAUCGUACCGCGCAAAACGCUUGUACUAGAUCUAGAUGAAACACUAGUGCAUUCGUGUUACCUGGACCCGGACACAAACGAUGUUGUUGGCUGCAAUUUUGUACCCGAAACAGCCGUGCCAGACUAUGUAAUGCACAUUCCGAUUUUAGCAAAUUUCCAUCCCAUUGAAUUUCAGGUAUUCAAGCGCCCAUAUGUCGACGAGUUUCUAAACUUUGUAGGCAGAUGGUAUGACCUGGUCAUCUAUACGGCCAGCUUAGAGGCUUAUGCCUCCAACGUCAUAGACAGGUUGGAUGCUGGUCGUGGAAUACUACAGCGUCGAUUAUAUCGCCAGCACUGCAUCUCUACGACUGUUGUGACCAAAAAUCUGUAUGCGGUCAAUCCAGAUUUGACCAGCACAUUCAUCAUUGAUAACUCGCCCAGUGCGUACCGCGAUUUUCCGGAGAAUGCAAUACCAAUUAAAAGCUACAUCUAUGACCCCAAUGACCAGGAGCUGCUUAAUUUGCUUCCCUUCUUAGAUGCCCUUCGGUUUACAAAGGACGUUAGAUCUAUUCUAAGCCGGCGUGGCAUCGCAGCGUAAAACAACACUUGACAUCUAAUGCAAAUAUUUUGUAAGCGCAAUUGUUACAUCUGCAAAACUGUCAUUAAAAAUCACCCGGGGUCUCUGGGGUUAGCAA